AUGAGAAUUUAUUACAUUGGUGUAUUUCGCUCUGGCGGAGAAAAGGCUCUGGAGUUAAGUGAAAUUAAAGAUUUAUCACAAUUUGGGUUCUUUGAAAGGUCUAGCGUAGGCCAGUUUAUGACAUUUUUUGCUGAAACUGUUGCUUCUAGAACAGGUGCUGGGCAAAGACAAAGUAUAGAGGAAGGUAAUUACAUCGGACACGUUUACGCCAGAAGUGAGGGCAUAUGUGGUGUUUUGAUCACUGACAAGGAAUACCCCGUCAGGCCAGCUUAUACUCUCUUGAAUAAAAUACUAGACGAAUACUUGGUGGCACAUCCUAAGGAAGAAUGGGCUGACGUGACUGCAACCAAUGACACGUUGAAAAUGAAGCAAUUGGACACGUAUAUUAGUAAAUACCAAGACCCUUCACAAGCUGAUGCCAUCAUGAAAGUUCAGCAAGAAUUGGAUGAAACUAAAAUUGUUUUGCACAAGACCAUUGAAAAUGUUUUACAAAGAGGUGAAAAGUUGGAUAAUCUGGUGGACAAAUCAGAAUCUUUGACUGCAAGUUCUAAAAUGUUCUACAAGCAAGCUAAAAAAUCCAACUCCUGUUGUAGCAUUAUGUAG